GGAGCAGCUGAUGGAGCUGCUUUGUGCCGAUGAGAUCAGCAGUUUGUGUUUUGAGACGCGUCCAAAUUAAUCAUUCUUCGCUCGGCGCUGGAGUUAUGCUAAACACCAUGUGGAGGUUUCCAGUCCUCCCCAUUGGCUUAGGAGUCCCUCAGACCCCCCUAUAAAGCGAGGGUGAACCAUCCAGCAGUCCUUUCCCGCUGGCAGACCUUCUGGACUUGCAUCGACACUUUUGACGCGCGCCGGAGCGCACGGGGAGCGAGUAAACAAAUCACCACAGCGAGUUCCACAGCCAACAGAGAACCGGCAGCAGCAGCAGCGGGCAUGUGGCUGCUGGAGAGACUCCGGAGCUCAGUGGAGAGCAGCGGAAAACAAUCACACACCCACAGUACGACCGAGGCCCUUCCUGUUUCUGUCUACGCCAAUGUUCUCACUCCUGACAAGAUCCCUGAUUUCUUCAUCCCCCCAAAACUCAUCUGCUGCCCCCCAGAGGAGCCCUCAUCCCCGGAGCCUCAGCACUGCCCCCCGCUGCGAGUGUCCUCCUCCGAUCACUCCAUCUGCUGCCAGAGUCCACGAGCGCGUAGCAGUAAGAACCCCAGCAGCCCUCGCCUCUUCACUCGCUUGGGAGGUGAGGUGCGCAAUCUCCAGAAGCUAGCCAACCGUCACAUCAUUCAAAUCGAGAGCGCUGAUGAUCCAGGUGCGGGAUCGUCGGCGGGGUCUCAGGGUAAUAUCAACACCAACGCAGACCCUCAGUCACAGACAGCCAUGUCACUGCCUUACGUCCCCAAGGCCCAGACCUCCUACGGCUUCUCCACCCUGAUGGAGUCUCCUCACACCAGACGCAAGGAGAGUCUUUUCCAUAGCGACCCCGGCAGCCCCCUCACUUCCCCAAACUCCCAAAGGCGCUCCCAGGGGGGGACGUAUUUGGCACCGGCGGAUCGCAACCCAUACCGCUACUUCAGUGGUGGUGAGAGUGACACCUGCUCUUCAGCUGAGUCAUCACCUUUUAACUCUCCUCUGCUGUCACGUUCUGCAUCUCUUCUGCGUUCAAUCACCCAGGAGACGCGAGCCAAGGUGUCUCGUGCCAAGCGCACCCUGGCGCGCCACAGCUCUCUCUCCACGGAUGAGUGCAGCUCAACAGACAACAGCCCUAACAUGCAGCGCCGGCGCCUUCGUGGCCAUCAUUCACCGGCUUUCCAAGGGCGUAAAAGCGCGGCCGCGAGAGGCGCUGGGUCGGACCUCCAGCAGCGGGAGCACACUGUCAACCUCCACAAGGGUGGCACCCUCCGUCUGAGUACUCACUACGACCCAGAGGCUGCGCGACUGAGGGUCCGUGUGCUGUCCGCCGAGGCCUUGUAUGACCGGAAGACAGACGUUAAAAGCAUCAACUGCUGUGUGGCGUUGUACUUGAAGCCUGGCAAGAAGCAGAAGCAAAGGAGCACCAUCAUCAAGAAUAGUAGGAACCCGGUGUUUAAUGAGGACUUUUUCUUCGACUCACUGCCUCAGGCGAAAGUGAAGAAUCUGGCCAUGAAGAUAAAGGUGGUAAACAAAGGAACCAGCCUGAAGAGGGACGUGCUGCUGGGAGAGAGAGAGGUGCUGCUCAGCGAGCUGCUUGCGGGCCUAUAGGGAGACCCUAUCAAUACUCUGGUUCACGGCCCUCCACACGAUCAAAGACGCUGUUUCUGUGUUUUGAGCAAAUAACCGAAUGCCGCUUACGCACAAUAAAUGAGUCCCACAAAAUCCACACUGUUGUCUACAAUUUAGAUGUGGCAAAUGUAGUGUUGACGCAUGGUGACAAAAGUAGUUGUACUUAUUCAGUUUGAAAACGCGCAGCCCCCUGGAAUGAACAAACCGCUGCUAUCUGUCCCAAAGUUCACCGUCAUGCAUGACCAACUUCGAACAAAGACAGGUCAUGACAGGCCUCUGAAAGUCAGGAAGAACACACGGUACAUCAGCUGACAAAAUGUUUGUCCACAGAGAGCACAAUUGUUUCAUAUCGAUGUGACUGUUGCCCACAUUUGUGAAUCUCUUGUGUGAGUAUUGAGCCUCAAAAGGUGUGAUCUAAUUCAAUGGGAGUUGUGCUGCAACACAUAGUCAUAUCUGCGGUGUUGACAAAAUGAGUCGUUUUGGUGGUUAAAGUCUUUCUCAAAUUAUGUCAAACAAUGUACUAACUAGACAUCAGACUAUGGUGUUGUGUUCAUGGAACUGCUGUGACGUGACCUGAAAGUUGUCAAUAAA